AUCGGCUUCUGCAAAGGAAGAAUGAAGCUAAAAAGAGGAUAUCUCCUGUCGUUCAUUUCGUUGUUUGGAAAUUGUUUUUGUGCCGGGAAUUUCGAAGGACGAAAUGUUGCAUUGGGAAAAAAGCCAGGUCAAGGUCCACGUUCCAGUGCCAAUGGAGAAGCUCAAUUGACUGUAGAUGGUAACAUCAGUACCGCAGCUGGAGCGUGUGCACACACCCAGGCAAACACACCUUACAGACGACCUUGGUGGCGGUUAAACUUUGACCAGUCUCGAUGGAUCUCUGGAAUUAAAAUUUUCAACAUAAAACCAAAAUGGACGAUAAUUCGACCUAAUUGCAUAAAAGGAUUUUCGUUAGCGAGAGGUGUAAAUCGUACAUGCCAAAAAGAUGGACAAUUCAGUGGGGGGAAUCCCCAGUGCACGGUUGUCACUUGUUCGCCGUUUGGGAAACUUGAAAAUGGAACUCUGCAUUACACCGACGAACAAAAUAUGAACCAGUAUGUUGACGAAAACAAGCACCACACAUUCGGAGUGAAAGUGAGAGCAUCAUGUGAUUCUGGUUUUCAACUAGUGAAUGGAUCGAAAGAGCAAAUAUGUUUGGAAGAUGGGACCUGGGAUGGAGUAAAACCAGUAUGUGGUAAAAUAAGAUGCAACGACACAAGCCUUCUCAGUUUACGAUUUCAACAAAGUUCUUCAGUGUUUUCCUUUUUGGAGCAAGGAACUGCUUCGUACAACAGUAGUAAAUUUUAUCACAUGAAUGGCAGCUUGUCAUUCAUUUGCCGUGCGAAUGGAAGCCUUUCAUGGGAAUCUCAGCCACAAGAACUUGGUAAUUAA